AUGUUGUUCACCAGCAGCUCCAUAUCAUUCAACCCUGAAAAGGACAUUCCAUCACUCCACGGAAAAGUCAUCCUAGUCACAGGAGGCAACACUGGCCUUGGGAAGCAAGCCAUCGUUGAAUUUGCUCGUCAUAAACCUCUUCAGAUCUGGCUCGCGGCUCGCAACCGCGAGAAAGCCGAAGCUGCAGUCGCCGAGAUCAAGCAGCAAGUUCCAGAUGCGGCAAUCAAGCUCCUAGAGCUGGAUCUUGCCAGUUUCGAAUCUAUCCACCAAGCGGCACGUUCCUUUCUUGAGAAAUCGGAGCGUCUUGAUAUACUCAUGCUCAAUGCUGGUAUCAUGGCAGUUCCGCCCGCACUCACCAAGGACGGCUAUGAGAUUCAGUUUGGCACUAACCACAUGGGACACGCAUACCUCACGAAGCUCCUACUGCCGGUUUUGGAGAAGACCUCUCAAACAAAAGUAGAGGCAAAGUCCCGAGUUGUCUGUCUCGCCUCUCAUGGUCAUGUCUACCUACGCAAGGGUGGCUUCGACUUUAGCACGCUUCGCACAACGGGCGAGUCUAUGGGGCCACUUCAGUGCUACUACCAGAGCAAACUGGCAAACAUGCUCUGGGUUCGACAACUCGCCAAGCGAUACCCUCAACUCACGGUGUCUGCCAUUGACCCUGGCCUUGUACAGACUGAACUGGCGGUUAAGGCAACAGGCAUCAGCUGGAUCCUCCGGGCGAUCAUCAAAACGAUGCUGUUGACGCCGGUUGAGAAAGGAGUCAAGAACCAACUCUGGGCUUCAGUCGCAAAGGAUGUCAAAAGCGGGGAGUACUAUGAGCCCAUUGGGAGAGCAGGUUUAGCAACGGAUGAUGGGAAGGAUGAUGAACUGGCUGCAAAACUUUGGACCUGGACUGAGAACGAGCUAGACAAGGUGGGGAUGUAA